GUGAAGAAAAGCACUUUGAUGAACUGAUCACAACUGCCAUGUUUUAUACCAGAACUGGACAACGCAUAAAGGAACGAACAGCUUGAGGGAUAUAUGAUUUUACCACCCUAUCACAAAUAAUCCAUCUCUCAAAAACCCGAACAUCUGAAUCAAUAUGGGCGGCGAUAGGAUCCCACCUCUAAGCACUCUCGACCGACCCGAGAACUACAAAGACCUGCUCAAAGACGAGGCUGAUGACUGUCUGGGCUGCAGAAUAAUAGGGAGCGGUGCAUUUGUCGGCCUUGGUGCGUACAGCUACUUUUCGGGCAUGGCGCAGCUAGAGAAGCAGAAAGCUCUGAUAUUGAAGAGCAAAUCUCCAUUCGGAAUGGGCAGUCGCAAGUUUGGAAUCACCGGUCUGUCUCUGACACUGGUAUAUAUGGGUAUCUGGAGAUGGACGCACUGAGAAAGGGAAGGUUCAUGGCUUGUUUUGUUUGUUCGUUGAGGAUCAAGCGACAUGCAAGAAAAGGGUGACAAAAUGCUUAACGAUCCCACCUCAACUUUGUACGAUAUUGUCUAUAUGAUAAUCUCUCCAAUGAGUGAACGCAUCAUGUGUAUCAAUUACCAAG